CAGUAUGGAAGACUCUAGUAGUCCUGAAAGGGGUGAAAACUCACACAACUACAACUAUGAUAGACAUCUGCUUGUUGCCUACUUUAUGGUUUGCUUGUCCGUUGUGGUCUGCUAUAAGGCGGUAUGGGUGACUUCCAGUGGCUUCGAGAAGGGUUUUGUCGAGACAGGUGUUGCGGUUCUUCAAACUACUAUUAAUCAGUUUGAUGCCUCAUAUUAUACACCAACACCUGUGCAUCAGUGUUUACUAUCGGAGUUAUCGAAAGAGAAAGAUAAUUCCAUGAAAUUACACCAGUACAUAAGCAGCUUGAACCGAUUCCCUUUAUUUCCUAUUCACAAGGCAGAAAACAUGAUUGUGAAUCUGAAGACGAUACUGAUGACAUUAUUGGCGGGAGAAAUCUGCCGAAAACAAAACCCGAGUAUUACGACGUAA